CAAAAACCGAGCGGAAAUUACAAAAUAAUACUGGAAACAUUUUUAUUCUGAAAUAUUCAAAAGUUCCACGAUGAAUACUAAGUUUCAUUAGGAGUGAACGGUUUUUUGUGAGCCCCAAAUGAUGAGUGUAUAUUUGCUGUGUUUGAGUUUUGUAAUUUGAUAAUAAAUAUGUAUACACUGAAGGGUAUUUUUCCGGAACCCAAAAAGGAACACAAAAAGAAUUUCAUCAAGGAAAAUAUGAAACAAUUAAAGUUUAUUCAAGGAAAGUCACCAAAAGAACCGAAGUUCACAUUAAAGAAUGUCCCACCACCUCGACUGACCAGCACCGUGACGACAGGCAACAGUUUGGGUCAAGUGAAGUCUUCACCAUCAAAUAAAAGUGGGAAAGUAUCACUGAAUAUUGGUAAAACUAAUUCGACAUAUUCUCGUAAGAAGUAUCCAGAUGUUAAACUUAAAAAAGGUGAUAUGGCAGAAUUUUUGAGAAGGAAACAGCAAAGACAGUUAACUAGACCGGCGGAGGAAUCGCCUGAUGAGGAUGCAAAGUCUUCUGAGUCAUCAGGUAGGGCAAGAGACAUUGGUUGCCAGACGAUAGAAUCUAAUCUUGCUCAAAAAUUAUCAGAAAGUGCUAAACUAACAAUGCUUUAUCCCAAUAAAGAAGCAGAAGACGAAUCAAAGUUAAAAGCCAGUGGGGAUUCUGAACGUCGCUCACCAUCACCCAGUAUGAAACACCGGACCGGUGAAGAUAUAAUUGAGUUUGAGAGGAACCGCAGCCGUCUCAAUUCCAUCUUAGAAAGGAAAGAUAAUAAAAAGGACCCUUAUUUGCCAUGUGGCUAUCAAAAAGGUGUAGUUCCUAAGUACUUGCGUGACCGAAAAGAAAAUGGUCCCAAAGAAGCUGAAGGUGCAAGAGCUGAUGAUGACCAGUCCAUGUGCCCUCCAGGUCAUGUGACAUUGCCAGAUACUGAGAGAAAAGAAACAUUACGUAUGCUUAGAAAUAGUUUUGCCGAAUUAGUAAGUGAAUUAAACAAAAUGCCUGUUAAGACAGACACAUUGAGGAUGAGAAAUAGAAAAAUGGAAUUGGAGAAACAGCUUGCAAAACUUGAAGAAGGCAUCAAAGUGUUUUCUAGGCCCAAGGUUUUUGUCAAGAUAGGAGAAUAAUUUUUUAGACCAUUUUGUUUUUGGAAAGAGCAAGUAGCUUUUAUCACUUAAGUCAAUGCUACUUUUUAAUUAAAUUCAAUGUAAAUGACACUGACAUGCAUAAUUUUCAAAUUCCCGUG